AAGAAUAAGAUCAUGAUGGAGAAUACAUCUUCAUCUUCUCGUAGAGGACUCAGUCUUAGAGGAGCAGGAGCACUUCUUCCUACAACUUGCGGACAAGAUGGUGGAGAUGGAGUUGAUGGUGGUUGUGGAGAUAGAUGCACUUCAACGAGUACAGCAUGUUCAUCUUCGCUCACUGGAGACAACGUAAAACGUCGCUGCACAGAGUAUCGGAUCAAGCUAGUAAAGGCUCUACGCGGUGCCUCAGUGGAAUACUUGCCCGAGGAGGGCAUCAAAAUCCUCGUAGAUGUGGAUCACGACGGACUGGUGAGUAAGCGCAUGAAGCCAGACAUCUUCACGACAGCUGAAACUGGCAUCAAGAGUAGUACGACUGAGGACGACACUCCUAUCAAAAAAAUCGACCAUGUGGUCUACGACGAAGUUGACCCUGUGUCUCUACGUGCGGGCAACGUUAUCACGUACCUCAAUGGCAUUCGGAUGGAUAGCGUCGAAAAAUUUCACGACUUGUUGGACAAACUUAUCGUGGAGCACGAGUUGAGCUGUGAGCAAGAACAAUUACAGUUGCUUUGCUCUCGAUCCUCUACGCCUGCACCUGUUAUAACGUGUGCGGAAGAUUUUGGUAUGACUACUAGCGUUGCUGACUCCGGCUACGUGGCUGGAGAAAUAAGAGGUGUGAACGUUACAGCACAUCAUCGAGGCAAAGGAAAAGGUUGUGGUACAUCUUCCAAAGGCAAGAAAGGCUUUUUUGGUCGUUCUCGAGACAUCAACCAGUUCCAUCAGAAUUUUCGCAAAGAGGGAAAGGGGAUGAAUUUCGAUGCUUCACGUUUGCAGCACAACACGACGAUUGGCGCGAUGGAGUUUAAUGAGCUGGAU